AUGCAACUUUCACUACUGCUCAUCCAUGGCUGCUUUCAAUAUGUUUAAGCUCUCAUUUUUCUUGAGCCUUCUCUCCCAUCUGAACCAGGGGUUGUGGCCACAAAAUCAAAACAGUUUGGUUAUAUUUCCACCAUCAUGUAACAGCAUAGAGUGCCCUAGCUUCGACACAGUCGAGGUUGGAAAUGGCUACGAAGUCCGUCAAUACAAUUCGACAGAGUGGAUAUCGACUUCUCCUAUUCAAGAUAUCUCUCUUGUUGAAGCCACCAGAACUGGCUUCUUACAGUUGUUUGACUACAUUCAAGGGAAGAACAAGUAUGAAGAGAAAAUAGAGAUGACUGCCCCAGUCCUCAGCGAAGUCUCACCAAGUGAUGGACCCUUCUGUGAGUCCUCAUUUGUUGUGAGCUUCUAUGUGCCAAAGAAGAACCAAGAAAACCCACCACCAGCAGAAGGUCUUCAUCUUCAAACAUGGAAACCUAAAUAUGUGGCAGUGAGACAAUUCAGUGGUUUCGUAUCUGACUACAACAUCGGAGAAGAAGCUGCUGCCUUGCAGGCCAGUCUUGCAGGCACUAUUUGGUCUGCUGCCAUUGACAAAAGCCAUGCAGCCGAUCACACUUCAGCUUAUACUGUUGCGCAGUACAAUUCGCCGUUCGAAUUUGAUCAUAGGGUGAAUGAGAUAUGGAUGAUAUUUGAUUUAGAAGAGUGAUCGAUAUAUAGAGAGAACAAAACUACCAUGCUUGAAGCCCCAAAUCACAUAUGUAGUAAGUGUACAAGUCACAGUGGUUGACAUAUACUAUUUUGGAUUAAGCUUCCAUCUUUUUAUCACAGACGUUACUAGUUUUGUUAAAUAUAUCAAAAUGCCAAAAUGCUCUAUUACAUA